AUGAAUUUGCUUCGAAAAACUUCCUCCCAUCUUUUAAUUGUUAUAUUUAUUAUUCAAUUAAUUUGUGUUAUUGGAAGUAAACGAACAAAUUUACCAGAUAAAAUAUUAGAAAUAAAUAAUUUUGACGACAAAAUAGGAAAUUUUGAAAAAGUUUUGAGUAAUUUAAAAUUAGAACACGGUGCUUAUGUAAACUUCGAAAUAUUGCAAAAAGAAGAAUCGAAUAAAGAGAAUUUGGAAGUUUUAAAAACAGUUUUUUAUUCAUAUGAGGCUUGCCUUCAUAUACUUCAUAUACUAGAUAAAACCGUUACUGCGGAAAGCAAAGAUGCUUGUGAAGAUAAAGAUAUUAUUACUCGAGUGGAUGGAAUAUUAAAGGCAUUAGGAUUUGAAUAUGUAGAAGGAGAGGAAAAAAAGAAAAAGGUUUUAUAA